UCUUGGCAGAGAGAGAGAUGCAUAAAAGAAGACAAACUGUUUCAACUUCUCUGUCUGAAUAAACACCACAAAGUCGAGAAGCUUUGUUGUGUUCGAGAAGCAGAGAUUUUUCGAGAAGCAAAGUCUGUAUUUUUCUCUCUGAUUUAAUACGAAAAGCGAUCUAAAAUUCGUUGAAUUUCAGAAGGGUUUUUAAGAAGCUUCUCGAUUCAUUUGCUAAACAGUGUUGGGGUUUAAGAGAUUCCUCUCUCACUUCGUUAAAGUUGAAAGCUUUUUUUUUAGGGUUUUUAUUUUAAACAGAGCUUUUCGAUCUUGUGUUAGUAUCUAAAGCUACUAGAUAUGGAUGAGAGUAAUCACGGAGGUUCAUCAUCAAGCUCACUCCCACCUUUCCUCACCAAAACAUACGAGAUGGUUGAUGAUUCCUCCUCCGAUUCAAUCGUCUCGUGGAGUCAGAGCAACCGAAGCUUCAUCGUUUGGAACCCGCCAGAGUUUUCAAGAGACCUUCUUCCAAGAUUCUUCAAGCACAACAACUUCUCUAGCUUCAUCCGUCAGCUUAACACAUACGGUUUUAGAAAAGCUGAUCCUGAGAAGUGGGAGUUUGCGAAUGAUGAUUUCGUGAGAGGUCAACCUCAUCUUAUGAAGAACAUUCACAGACGCAAACCUGUUCACAGCCACUCUCUACCUAACCUCCAAGCUCAGCAGAACCCGUUGACCGAUUCAGAACGGCAGAGAAUGAGUAGUCAGAUCGAGAGACUGACCAAGGAGAAAGAAGGGUUGCUUCAGAAGUUACAUAAACAAGAGCAAGAAAGAGAUCAGUUUGAGCAACAAGUUAAGAAGCUAAAAGAUCAGUUACAACACAUGGAGAAGCGUCAGAAGACAAUGGAUUCUUACGUCUCUCAGGUCGUGGGAACACCAGAGCUCGCUCUGAACCUCUCGCCGUGUCUACCCGAAACGAACGAGAGGAAGAGAAGGCUCCCUAGGAUCGGGUUUGAGCAAGAUAACCAGACAUGUGUUGUUGUGAGAGAGGAAGGUUCUACAAGCCAUUCAGAUGAAACAGAACAUCAGGUGGAAGAGUUAGAGUCAUCGAUAGCGGUUUGGGAGAGUCUUGUAUCUGAUGAUUCUUGUGAGGGUAUGGCACAAUCAACAAGAAGCUUGAUGACGCUUGAUGUGGAUGAUUCAUCUACUUGUCCUGAAAGCCCUCCUCUUUCUUGCGUACAGCUAAGUAUUGACACAUGUCCCAAAUCUCCUCCUUCUCAGAAGAUCGUUGACAUGAACUCUGAGCCUGAUCAUGUUUCAAAAGAACAGAACACAGCUGUUCCUACUACUGCUCCAGCAGCAGGAGUGAAUGAUGUCUUCUGGCAGCAGCUUUUGACAGAGAAUCCUGACUCAGCCAAGCAACGGGAAGUUCAGCCAGAGAGGAAAGAAGAUAAAGGUGAAGAUCAAAGUGAGAAAUGUUGGUGGAAUUCGAGGAACGUAAAUGCAAUUACAGAACAGCUUGGACAUCUGACUUCUUGAGAGAGAGUCCAGCGAUCUCUGUUUUUAUUAGAUUCUUGUAAUAUAAGUUUCUUUUUUUUUUUCCUUUCAGAUGUAUUAGGUUAUAAGCAUUUGGGUCUGGUUUCUGCCUUUCAUCAUCACAUGUAUGUCCUAUUCAACAUUUUACCAUUGAGCUUAACACCUAUGUAAGGUUUUGUAUAGACCUUAUCAUCUGGGAUUAACUUCCAUCUACAGAUGAUGAGAUAUGGUUGCAGCAUAUCGCCAAUCACACGGAUCAGUCGAUUGGCAGAUGGGUUUUGUACGGAAAUGAAAGUUUUUGGUUUUAUUGAA